AUGCGUCAUUCGACUAAUUCAUCUCAAGAACAAAACGCAAAAGCAAUGUCGGCUAAUUCGAUGUUUCUCAUUGCUUUAUUGUCAUACACAUUGACAAAUCAAUUAGGCAUAACCAAAUCAGAUUCAUGCAAGUAUUGUCUACGAUUGUACGAUGGAAAGUAUAAGAGUGGUUCAUAUAGUGAAGUGUACAAGAGCGUUGACUCACUCUCACCACCAUGGAUACCUGGAUCUGUUUGUGUACCUUUGAUACAUAAUUCGACGGGACAGCCCCCAUACUGGCGUAUAUAUGAAGACGUCAACUACUCUGGUGCGAACACUGCUGUUGGACGUGGUGCCUGCAUUGAUGACUUCAUGAAAUCCGGAUUGAGAAGGAUAUCCUCCAUUCAAAAGUGUUUUUAUGGGGAUAAUGGAACGGUUGAAUAUACCAAUCAUACGAACGGGAGAAGUGCGCUUAUAAUUCUGUGUGUUCUUAACUAA